AUGCUGGAGAGGGAGGCUGAGUGGUUAGCUCAUGAGGAUGUGGAGUGUGAGAAGUUCAUGGAACUCUAUCAGAGGCUAGAAGAACUGGACACUGAUAAGGCUGAGAUGAAGGCCUCAAGGCUCUUACACAGACUGGCUUUCACCCCUGCCAUAAAGUGCAAGAAGCUAAAAGACUUCAGUGGUGGCUGGCAGAUAAGAGAUGCUCUUGCCAAAGCCUUCUUUAUUCAGCCCUUCAUGCUGUUUCAGGUCGAGCUGACCAACCACCUGGGCCUGGAUGCUUGUGUGUGGCUGCAAGAAGAACUUAAGACUUUCAAGAGCAUUCUGGUCCUUGUGUCCCAUUCCCAGGACUUUCUGAAUGGAAUCUGUACCAACAUCAUCCACAUGCACAAGAAGAAACUGAAGUUCUACAUGGGUAAUUAUGAUCAGUAUGUGAAGGCACGGCUGGAGCUGGAAGAGAACCAGAUAAAGAGGUUUCACUGGGAGCAAGACCAGAUAGCACAUAUGAAAAACUACAUUGCCAGGUUUGGCCAGGGCAGUGCAAAUCUGGCCUGGCAGGCUCAAAGAAAAGAGAAAACACUACAGAAAAUGAUGGCAUCAGGACACAGGAUUGUGAGUGACAAGACACUGUCAUUAUAUUUCCCACUGUGUAGUAAGAUCCCACCACCUGUCAUUAUGGCACAGAACAUGAGCUUCAAGUAUACAAAAGAUGGGCCUUGCAUCUACAAUAAUCUAGAAUUUGGCAUUGACCUUGAGGCAGAAGUUGCUAUGGUUAGAGCCAACAAUGCAGGGAAGUCCACUCUCCUGAAGCUGCUAACUGGAGAGCUUCUCAGAGAUGGAAUGAUCUGACAACAUUCUCAUGUUAAGAUAAGAUGUUACCAUCAGCACUUACAGGAGCAACUGGACCUGGACCUUUCACCAUUGGAGUACAUGAUGAAUUGCUACCCAGAGAUCAAGGAGGAGGAGAUGAGGAAGAUCAUUUGGAGAUAUGGCCUCACUGGGAAACAACAGUUGACCCCAAUCCAUAAUCUGUCUGAUGGGCAGAAGUGCCAAGUGUGGCUGACCUGUCUGGCCUGGCAGAACCCUCAUAUGCUCUUUCUGGGCAAGGCUACCAAUCACUUGGACAUUGAGACCAUUGUUCUCGCUCACCAACCUCAACAAGCUUCUGGCUUUACUAUUAAGAGUGUGGAAGAGUCAGUUUCCUUUCUCAUCCUCAUGAUCUGUUUUACAUUAAUACACAGAGAUGAGAGUGAUGACAACAUGGUAAAAGUGACCUGUGUAAAGGUGGAAAUCACACUAUUUUAUGAUUGUCUCAUGACCAUCUCCAGUGCGUACAUGGUGACUUUCCUAUACAGACAUAAGAAACAGUCCCAGUUUCUCCACAGCACCAACCGUUCCCUUAAAUCAUCCCCAGAACACAGAGCCACACAGUCCAUCCUGUGCCUCAUGAGCUUCUUUGUAGUGAUGUACACCUUGGACAGUGUCAUCGCCUACUUAAGAAAUCCAAGUCUCAUGACCAUCUCCAGUGCGUACAUGGUGACUUUCCUAUACAGACAUAAGAAACAGUCAAAGUUUAGCCACAGCACCAACCAUUCCCUUAAAUCAUCCCCAGAACACAGAGCCAUACAGUCCAUCCUGUGCCUCAUGAGCUUCUUUGUGGUGAUGUACACCUUGGACAGCGUCAUCGCCUACUUCUUAAAUAUAAAAGAAAAUGGAAAUCAAGUCUCUCAUGUUCCUCCCACACCCACGACCAACACACUGCUGCUGGACCAUGGAUUUGAUGCCAAGCUUUGUCACACUUCCUGGAAAAAUGUCAUCCUGGUCCUGGUUUAUUUGAAGGGUGUACAGCUCUACCUCAUAGAUGAGGAGUACAAUGGCUGCCUGGAGAUUCUGAAGAGCUUUUGCUGGAUCUAG